AUGGAUUUCAACAACUCAAAAACCAACUCUCCUUCCUCUUCUAAAAACAAAAGAAAGCAACAGCAACCUCAGCAGCAGCAGCAGCAGCAGCAACAACAAGAGAUACGAUUCUUGGGAGUAAGGAGGAGGCCAUGGGGCAGAUAUGCAGCGGAGAUAAGAGACCCUUCCACAAAGGAGAGGCAUUGGCUCGGCACCUUCGACACUGCCGAGGAAGCUGCCUUAGCCUACGACCGUGCCGCUCGCUCCAUGCGUGGCUCCAAGGUUCGAACCAACUUCGUUUAUUCCGAUAUGCCAGUCGGCUCAUCGGUCACCUCCAUCAUUUCCCCCGAUGAAACACAGCAUAACAUGUCGUCGAUUUUCCCAAUUAAUCCACCUUUUCACCAACAAAUGGACAGUAACCAGAACCAGCUUUUCUUCAACCAAGACCCUUUCAAUGCCUGCCACUUCUCGUCCGGUUUAUUACCAGCCGGAAACAGGUGGAACCAAGAGAGUAGUGAUUCAUUAGUGUCUUACACACCCAUUACCGGUGUCAUGGAAGCCGGAAACGGUGGUUCUCAACAGUUCAGCGAUGAUUGUGAGCUGCCACCUUUGCCUCCCGAUGUCUCUUCCACUUGUUACGCAUCUGGAGUUGCUGGUUCAGAUAUGAGUUAUACUUACGGUGAGUGGAGUGACUCGAGCCUUCUCGGGUUUGAUUCAGGAGUGAGUGAGCCGUACUUGGGAUUUAACUCUUACGAAUUGAUGAUGCCAUCGGUUUCUGAUACGGUAAGCGAGGGAUUUAAUUUGGGUUCAUUAUCACCAUCAUCGGGUUACUUCUUUUAAUAGCUAGCUUCCACAAUAACAAAUGAUAAAUUGCUACUACAAGUCUACAACUU